UCAUCAUCAAUCUCUAAAACUUCUCCAUUCCAACCGCUGGCCAGCAAUAGCUCCGGUCGCCCAGUCCCACAUGACACAGCCUCAUCAAGCCCGCACCCCCACCGCCGCCGAGAGCAGGAGCACGUCCCCAUCGCCGUCCCCUCCGGCCGCUGCCGACGCCGGCGAUCCUAUCCGUAGCCCUCCCCGCGUCCCCAUCACCCUCCUACAGCCCUCCCAGCGCAAGCACCCGUCCAGGCCGGCCAAGCUCUUCCGCACCGUCCGCUCCGCCUUCCGCUCCUUCCCCAUUCUCACCCCCGUCACCUGCCGCCUCCCCCACGUCGGCUUCCAUCGCAGAGGCGGAGGGCCCUGCGACGGCCACAUCCACGGCGCCAUCCGCACCACUGGCACCCUCUUCGGCCACUUCAAGGCCCGCAUCACCCUCGCCAUCCAGGACAAUCCCCGAAGCGUUCCCCUCCUCCUCCUGGAGCUCGCCGUCCCCACCGCCAAGUUCUUGCAUGACAUGCGCUCCUCCAGCCACCUCCGCCUCGCCCUCGAGUGCGAGAAGAAGGCCGCCGACAAGACCCCGCUGCUCGAGGAGCCCAUGUGGACCGCCUUCAUCAACAGCAAGAAUAUCGGCUACGCUGCCCGGCGCGAGCCCACCGAGUCCGACCUCAAUGUUAUGCAGCUCCUCCACGCCGUGUCCAUGGGUGCCGGCGUGCUCCCCGGCGACAUGACUGAACCCAUCGACGGGGAGCUCACCUACAUGCGGGGCUACCUAGACCGGUUCGUCGGCUCCAAGGACUCGGAGACCUUCCACAUGCUCAAUCCCGAGAACAACAGCCGGGAGCUCAGUAUCUUUUUCGUUAGGAUCUAAUCGAUGUCAUCAUGUAAUUAACUUUAGAUUCAUUCUCCCCACUUGUUAAUUAGAAAUUAAGCAGUAGAGUUAUAUA